CACUAAAAAAAAACAAAGAAAAACGCUUGGCGCCGUGGUUUACCGAGUCGUGUUGUGUAAAAUUCUCAAAAAUAGUUAAUAUUUGUGAUUUAACUUCUUUUUAGUGUUAUUUUAAUAAGCGAAAUGGCUAUGCAACCACACAGCAAGAAAAGAGUGUGCUAUUAUUACGAUAGUGACAUUGGCAACUACUACUAUGGGCAGGGACACCCGAUGAAGCCUCACCGCAUACGUAUGACGCACAACCUCCUGCUCAACUAUGGAUUAUACAGAAAAAUGGAAAUUUACCGACCACACAAAGCCACUGCUGACGAGAUGACAAAGUUCCACUCGGACGACUACAUCCGCUUCCUGCGCUCCAUCAGACCAGACAACAUGUCCGAGUACAACAAACAAAUGCAAAGAUUUAAUGUGGGUGAAGAUUGUCCAGUGUUUGAUGGUCUCUAUGAGUUCUGUCAACUAUCAGCUGGAGGCUCUGUGGCCGCAGCAGUCAAGCUCAACAAACAGGCAUCAGAGAUCUGCAUCAACUGGGGCGGCGGCCUCCACCACGCCAAGAAAUCCGAAGCGUCGGGCUUCUGCUACGUGAACGACAUCGUGCUCGGGAUCCUGGAGCUGCUGAAGUACCACCAGCGGGUGCUGUACGUGGACAUCGACGUGCACCACGGCGACGGCGUUGAGGAGGCCUUCUACACCACGGAUAGGGUCAUGACCGUGUCCUUCCAUAAGUACGGGGAGUACUUCCCGGGAACAGGCGACCUGCGCGACAUCGGCGCGGGCAAGGGCAAGUACUACGCGGUGAACAUCCCGCUACGGGACGGCAUGGACGACGACUCGUACGAGUCCAUCUUCGUGCCCAUCAUCAGCAAGGUCAUGGAGACCUUCCAGCCCAGCGCCGUCGUGCUGCAGUGCGGCGCCGACUCGCUCACAGGCGACCGGCUGGGGUGCUUCAACCUGACGGUGCGCGGGCACGGGCGCUGCGUGGAGCUCGUCAAGCGGUUCGGCUUGCCCUUCCUGCUCGUGGGCGGCGGCGGCUACACAAUCCGCAACGUGUCCCGCUGCUGGACUUACGAGACGUCGGUGGCGCUGGGCGUGGAGAUCGCCAACGAGCUGCCCUACAACGACUACUUCGAGUACUUCGGGCCCGACUUCAAGCUGCACAUCUCGCCGAGCAACAUGUCCAACCAGAAUACCCCGGAGUAUUUGGAUAAGAUCAAGAAUAGACUGUUCGAGAACCUGAGGAUGUUGCCGCACGCGCCUGGCGUUCAGGUACAAGCCAUCCCUGAAGACGCCGUCAACGACGAGUCAGAUGAUGAAGAUAAAAUCGACAAGGACGAGAGGCUGCCACAGAUCGAGAAGGACAAGCGCAUAACGGGCGACGGCGAGCUGUCGGACUCGGAGGACGAGGGCUCGGGCGGGCGCCGCGACAACCGCUCCUACCGCAGCGUGCAGCCGCGCAAGCGACCCCGGCUCGACAAGGACGGCGCGCCGGUGAAGGACGAGCUCAAGGCUGAAGACGUGAAAGACGAAGUGAAAAACGCGAGCGCAGCGGAGGAGCCAAAGAAAGAGGCGCCGACAAAUCCCUGAUUCAGCCGCGAGCGAGGCGGCGCCGCCCGACCGCGUCCGUAGCACAAAUGUGUCGCACCUAAGUGAGAUUCUGAAUUUAUAUUUUUAUUACGUCAAGAAGCUCAUGCGGCUGAAUUUAAACUAACGUAGAUAAACAUCUAUGGAAUUCCGCCUUUAUGUUUGUAUCUAUGUAUGUAAUGUAAGAUAUUAUGGUCGCCUCCAGACAAAUCUGAUCCAUCGUAAGAUAACAGUUACUUUGUUAUUUGUAAGUAAGGUAUUCUUCAUAUUUGUUAGCAGGCGACUUUACUAUUUAUUUAGACAACUUGGCAGUAUUUUAAAUCUGUUGUACGAUUUUAUUUGUGCAAGUACUGCUUUGAGUCAAUGUAAAAAGUGAUUUAGAGUCUUGAUCUUGGGUCGCAAUAGGUUUAUUUUUUUAUCUUCUUUAGGAUAAGAAUUUUGUCAAAGUAUUAUGUACAAUUAUUCUCUUAUAAUAAAUUCCGAGUAAAUUAUGAAGUAAGAAUUUGGCUGAAAGUCUUAAAAUAUUCCCUGAUCUACAGUACACUUGAUAAGCAAGUGAUCACGAUAAUAUAAAAUCAUAUAUUAAUUAUUUCAUAAUUUGACGAGUAAAAGGCUACAUGUCUUUUCGGAUCUUAUACUAAGUAUCAAGCCGCGUUUUCACGAUUUGAAUAUACCGGUCCUACCGACUGAUGCUACUCACCCGAGCCGGUCCGUUUUAUCACUUGACAUCUACAGACUCGGAUCAUACUCUACUUUCAAUACUUUUAUAUAAUCGUGAAAACACGUCUUUAAGUAACUAACUACAGUUAGCGUGUUGACUGGUUUGUAUUUAUGUAAUACAAAUAUGAUGAGGCCACUUGAGUCAUACUGUCAUAUUUUUAUUCCACAUUGCCAGUCUUGUACAGAAUGAAGUAUAGAAUUUAAUUAACUAUGAUGACAACGCAGGUAUUUCUUCGAUUUAGAUAGAUAGAACUCUAUUAUGUCGCCGGUUAGCAUUUUUUUAAACUCUGGUUGGAUGACUAAAGCAUUGUUGAUAUCAAUUUAACUUAAAUUAGAAUUAUUUAGAAAAAACCAUAUGGAAUUCCUAUUGUAUAUUGUGAAAUUGUUUGCUCAUAAUUUUAUAACUUACCAAAUUGUUCAUUUUAACGUGUGAUACGAUCUCUUAUUUUCUCUCCUUGCUAAUAGCUACUUACGUUAACAAUGCAAGAAGACAAAUAAAAGAUCUCAAUGAGCAGAUACCAUUAUAAUUUCAUCUUUAGGUCAAUAAACUAAUUAAGGUAUAACUGCAUUUAGACUGAAUUUUAUGUGUAAGCUUCUGAAACAAUUUCAAAUGACCGAAAACAAUGUUUAAAAUCUAUUACCCUGUGUUACACUAGGCCACAUGUGUCAGUUACUAAAUAUGGCUAGUUGGGGUGAACGGCAGGGCCCGCCCGUCACGCUGUCAUCUUUGCAUUUAUCUUGUACGUAUAAAUUAGAUAAUUUGAAAACUACUGUACGAAUCUCUUCAGAAUGAACACACAUGAAUCAAUGUGUUGUUCUUCAAGCAAUUAAAUACACCGAUGUGUCAAUAUAAUACAUGAACGACUGAAAUAGUUUUUUUGUAACACUAAACAUUACGAUAGUUUUGUAUGAAAGAAACCACUGGAAUUUCGUUGUAAAUAUGCCUAAUUUGUAAUUUAAUUUGUUAUAAUAAAAUAAUAUCAAAAUA